CUGUGAGUUUGUGUAGUUUCAGAGCAGUUCUGUGCGUCUGAACAUGAAGCCCUGCUGGACUGUGCAAUAAGGACUAUUAGAGCUGCAGUCGUUUGACAUUAUAAACGAGAAGUUUGGACUGUUUUAUCUGCCUGUGAACUUUUCAUACGAACUUCAGGAUGCCUCGUUCGUUCCUCGUAAAGAAGCAUUUCAAUGCGGCCAAGAAACCCAACUACAGCGAGCUGGAGGGUCCUACAGUGUUUAUUUCCCCCUAUGUACUGAAAACCCUUCCGGUGCCUGUCAUACCCGAAGUCCUGAGCCCGGUGUCAUACAGUCCCAUAACGGUUUGGACUGCCAGCAACCUGCCCCUCUCCCCCCUGCCCAGCGACCUCUCGCCCAUAUCCGGAUACCCCUCUUCCCUCUCCGACACGUCCUCCAACAAAGACCACAGCGGUUCCGAGAGCCCCAGGAGCGACGAGGACGACAGGAUACAGUCCAGCAAACUGUCGGACGGCGAGAAGUUUCAGUGCGGUCUGUGCAAUAAAUCUUACAGCACGUACUCCGGACUGGUGAAACACAAGCAGCUGCACUGCGAUGCGCAGACCAGGAAAUCCUUCAGCUGCAAGUACUGCGAGAAGGAAUACGUGAGUCUGGGCGCCUUGAAGAUGCACAUAAGGACACACACGUUGCCGUGCGUUUGCAAAAUGUGCGGAAAAGCGUUCUCCAGACCGUGGCUGCUCCAGGGACACAUUAGGACGCAUACAGGUGAGAAACCCUUCUCGUGUCCCCACUGCAGUCGUGCAUUCGCCGACCGCUCUAACCUCCGCGCCCACUUGCAAACCCACUCGGACGUGAAGAAAUACCAGUGCAAGAACUGCUCCAAAACCUUCUCCCGCAUGUCACUUCUGCACAAGCAUGAGGAAUCCGGAUGCUGCGUGGCGCACUGAGACACGAUACUGGGCCCACAUUCACCAAGUGCCUGCGAUUGUGAACGCUGAUCGUGGAAGCGCGUGCUCGUGAUAUAUAUACAAAGCGCAAGAAACUCAACCCCAAAGUGCUCUUGUAAUAAAAAAUGCACCGCCCCGGGCGUGCUCUGUGAGGAAAGUGCGUCUGCGGAGUCAUGCUGAGAUUCUGUCCUGUCUGCACCCAUCAGGAAAAAAGCCGUCUUAUUCAGAGCCGUCUCACCAGUUUGGUUCCUGGGGAACUUUCAAAGCCCAAAGCAAAUCAAAAAGACAGUUUGCUGGAUCUUUGUCUUAACACGUCACGUGACUGAGAGGUCUUUUCAUUCAUUCAACAUGUCAUGCGGCUUUCAUUGAAUCAGUGUUUUCUUGUCUGUAUUGACUUGUACAUUUGUUUACAGCCUGAAGAGGGUUAUGACAGUCGUGUUUGGGUCAGAUAUUUCACGCCCUAGAUGGAGACGAACCAAUGAGCUCGAGACCAAAGGAAUAACCAAAGCCAUUUUUAAACGGGGAACAAGUGCAAAAUGAAAAGUAUUUCAGCUGUUGUGUGGCCGUAACGCGACGGCAAUGCCAGCACUCGGAUAUGCAAUCCUCUGUGUUCCUCAGGAACGUCUUCGCCAUAUAACUGUUUGUUGAAAUGUUUUGAAUGUAUUUGACACUGAUAUGAUUGUACUUUGUAUUUCAGAGUGUAAAUUGCUGGUAUGAUUUUGUACAAAAAUAAAACGUACACUUUUUGA